CGACACCGAAGCUAAAGAUGCUCCAACUGCCGUUUCACUGUGACUUUAGCAUUAAGUUGGACUUUGUGGCAAACUUUGGCCACACCUAGAUCCUGUCCCAUUUCUACUAAGAAGCAGAAGAAGCAGAAGAAAAAAAAGAAAGGCAGGCUUUUAUUUUUUCCUCCUCCUCCUCCUCUCUGGUGCGUUUGUUUGUGUGUCGGCGAGUCCCGGCGGUGUGUAACCGGAGAGGGGCCUCAGCAGAGGAGAGGGAGAGGGAAUGCAGGACUGCAAUGGAGCACAAUGCGAUACAGUGGUUGGGUGCUCCCUCCUGCCAGCGAGGCAGCUACGCCUUCUACAAGUCGGUGAGCAGCAGAGCUCAGCCCGACGGGCCGGUCCAGGUGUGGAAGCUCGGGGAGUUUUACUUCAUCCGCUGUGGACCGCAGGAUCCAGUGUGCAUCGCUGAGGUGACCUUACUAUGGGAGGACCAGACGCGGCGCCACCUGCUGGCCAGCGCCAGACUCUACUUCUUACCCGAAGACACACCAAAGGGCCGGACCAGGGAGCAUCGGAGAGGUGGGGAUGAGGUUUUGGCGGUGUCCAGGAAGAUGGUGGUGCGGGUGGAAGACCUGGUGAAAUGGUCGUGUGUGGGGCCGGCUGGUUGGAGCGGCGGUCCCAAGGCGCCGCCGUGCGGGACCAACGGCCUUCACAAACCUCCUCUGCUGAGCAGCGACAGUAAUGGCAGCAACAGCAACAACAACAACAACACCACCACCACAACCACACCGGACAAGAGCAGCGAGUCCGCUCAAAGACAAAACGGCCUGGUGGAGCGUCAGGGCGUCAAAGUUCUCAGCUACCCGCAGUACUGCCGUUUCCGCUCCCUGCAGAGGCGCAUCCAGGACGGAGCGAGGGGGCUGGGGCUGCAGGACCCCCACCUGCUGGCCCUGGGGGGCGUCAAGGCGCUGCCUAACACCCGGGUGAUGUACUGCAGGGACACGUUCAACCACCCGACGCUGGAGAGCAACGCCAGCUUCUCCUGGCAGUUCAGAUGUCCGUCUCUCAGUCUUCGAGGACGACCUCGCAAGAGGAGAGGCCGCGAUGGCAAAGACUCCCCGAACUCCAACCAAUCAGAGUCCUGGAUCGAGAGGAUGAAGGAGAAUGUGAUGGGCAGCGUGGAGGUCGGCUGUGAGGGCAGCUGGCUCCCUCACCCUGAGGAGCAGCUGUUCCUGGAUCAGCUCUACGCCUUCAUGGACCGUCACGGCUCGCCAAUCCACAAAGUCCCCAACCUCGGGUUCAAGAAGAUCGACCUCUUCCUCAUGUACUCUGUGGUCAAACGGCUUGGAGGCUACAAAAAGGUGACGUCGGACCGUCUAUGGAAAGUGGUCUAUAACGAGUUGGGAGGAUGCCCCGGUAGCACCAGCGCUGCCACCUGCACCAGGAGACACUACGAGAGGCUGAUGCUUCCUUACGAAGAGCACCUCCGAGCAGGAGGAGCAGAAUUCAAAAUCCCAGAAUCCCCCACGCCUCCAAAACCCAGAGGGAUCAGAGGAAGGAAACCACUUCCUAGAGGCAGAAAACCAGGACCCAAAGCCAAGGAGAAGAAGAUCACAGCCCCUGCUCCUCCCUCUCGAACUAUCGUGAACCCGAACGGUGCCGUGGUGGUGAAGAGAGGCAGAGGCCGGCCGCCAGGGACUCGCAACAAGGCCACGCUGAUUGCUCAGGCCAAGCUGCUGGCUCAGCAGCAGGCUAAGGCCAAAGCAGCAGCAGUUACAGCAGCAGCAGAGACUCAGCAGCAGAGUCCUCUGCUUCCAGCCAAAGGCCGAGGAGGACCGACGCCCAGCACCACACACAGGCCCGUCCAGCCGGCCAUCCUCCCCGUCAACAUGCCUCUCACCCCUGACCUCUCCCCCAUGUCCGCUCCCUUCCUCCCCUUCCAGCCCAAACCAAAGGAGCUGAAGCCGGACCGAGGGGAGUCCGUGGCUCCGGUUCCCGGUGUCCUCCUCUCCACUCUGCCUCGCCACUUCGUCGGAGGAUCCCUGGGUGGCUUCAGUCCCAUCAAAGGCGUGUGCCCUCUGGACGUGUUCAGGAGCCGUAUCAGCCUCCAGCGAGGUCCUGAGAGCCCAGCGCUGACACCCCAAGAUCCGGCCCAGCAUCCGACUGUCUACCCACUCCAGCCCAAAAGUGUGAGCCCAGAUACUCCCAGCGGGGACCAGCUUCAGCCUCAGCCCCAUCAGCUCCACCAGCACAACAACCGCUGCUCGGGGUGCAACGUGGAUGAGGGAGCCCAGAGAGGAGGCAGCCGGGAUGUCCGGAACCGGCCCCCUCUGCCGCCUCUCCGGGUCCUGCCUCUGAACCUGGACUGCAGCGUUCAGGUGUGCCAGCUGAUGAGAACUCGCCGUCUGGACUCGUCUCAGCUGCAGACCUUCACCCGCCGACUGUCCGAGGCCCUGUCCCAGGACCUGAGUACCAAGCCCCCACCCUGUUCUCCCAUCACCCCUCCCCCUGAGCAGGCGCUGCCCCUCAACCUAAGCAAACGCUUCACAGUUAAGAGGCCCAGCACAGAGGGACCAGAGCCAAGCCGGGCGACGAUCAACGGUAACACAGAUCAACCACCAUCCAAGAGGCCCAGAAGUGGGUGCACGGACCAGGCCGAGGACUUCACCCUGGGGGGGCGGUCCAGCUCUGGAGGAGGUGGAGGAGGGCAGGAUGCAGACAUGAAGAACCAGGAGGAACCCGCGGACCUGAGCUCCCCAAGCAGAAUCAGGGCCUUCUUGCUCGGACUGCCUCCCUUCCAGGUGAAACUCGAGGAGGAUCUGAAUGGGACAAGGUUUGGGAAAUUUCUUCCUCCGGGAUCUGACACUGAAACGGAGAGGACUGAGACCGAGAGAGGGGAGGGAGGAGCGGUGGUCAAGAAAGAAGUUAAGGUGGAGGAGGAGGUGGCGAUCGACCUGGAACAGCAUGAAACUGAGAUAAACAAGAAUUCGGAGCAGGAGGAGAAUGGUCCAACCCACUGCUCCGGUCCUGGUCCGGCCGAGCUGAAGAGAGCCGGACCCUCAAACACUGACACACACUGUUUUUAGCAUUAUUCCCUCUCAUAGCAGCAUUUUUGUGACCAGAAAACUCUCGGAUAAGCGGGGAGAUUUGUCCGUUUUUGGAAUCGGGGACGUUGUAUUCACCUUGGGGGCUUCGGGUGUUGGUCUUGGAUGUCAGUCUUGGGUUAAACCCUGAACAUGCCAGACACGCAGGGAUGUUUUCCUUUUCCUCAUUGUUUGAGAACAUCUGAACUCGUAACUUCUCUUUGUUUCACUUGUUUUUGUUGUUUUGUUUAUUUCCUGUUUUUCUCUGUGGUUUUUGAUCACGUCAUUGAUCGAACUUUGCAGAGGAAAGAUGACACACAGACUCAUGACAAUCACAAAUCAGUUUCUCUUCCUUUCUCUGUUGAUUUCUGUCUCUUUAAAAGGUUAAAAAAAGAAACAGAGUUGAGACUGUGACUUUUUAACAAACACUGCCAUAACUCUCCAUGACACUAUUAACUCCACUAUUCAAUGUUACAGUGAAAUAUUGAAUAAGAUCCAUAAUACUUACAAGAAAAAUCAAUAUUACAUAUAUGGGUGAUGCUAUGCAUCAAGACGUCAUUAUUAGCAUCUAGAGUGUACUGUAGUUCGGUAGUUUCAUUUUUAAAAUUGUACUCUACUUCUGUAGAGAGAUAGUUAUUUUCUGAUAAAGUGUUUAGAUGUUAUCCGGAGCUCUGAGAAAAGAGCUCCCUGGACUUCACGUUAUAGCUUGUUAAGUGAAGCAUUUCUAUAGUCCUGCUCAUUAGCUGAAAUUAUAUAAACCUUUCGUACACACAUGUGCCUUAAAUGGGCCCGCGAUCUGUUUCUUCGCCGGCUUCAAACACAUUCACUUAAAGAGAUACCUUGAUGUUGUUGGACCUGUUUAGUUUUCUUUCACUCCUUGGCAGGGCUGGGUGUCAUCGGAAUAAAACGGUUCUUUGGGUGCUUUGCUAUGAAACUCUUAACAAAAUUUUAAGUAAUAUUAGCAGCUGUACGACAGCUUAUCUGAAUAAAACGCAGUAAAAAUUUAGGUUUAAAUCUGAUCUUUGAUAUCUGCUGUCAAUAUUCGAGUGUUGAGGUUCAAUACCCAGCCCUGCCAUUUUGCAUUGUAAAGACCACUGUGGCCAUGCGUUGGCGCCAUCGUCUCGCCUUUAUCACUACCACUGUUCGUUCGACCGAUAAGAAAUCACAUCAGCGCAGGAGGAAGAGUUGUUGGAGAGAUCGUACAUGAACAUGUAGCCCAAACAUUCAGACUACCUCAGGUUCUUUUCUUUUAAAAAAUUCCACCUCCAUUGUUUCGGGGGGAAGAAGCUAAUCCCAACAUGUAUUUGCUUACACAGCAGUGUUGGAUGCUGGUCCAUAGUUACUCAGACGCCAUUUCCACCUGGUAUUAAAGGACAAAUCCGGUGUUAUACAACCAUUGUUGGUUUGGGAUCACCAGAAUUAUCCUUUAACCUGCGAUCUGUAUCUGGACUCAUUACGUUGGCGUGUGUGGCUGGUGUUGUGUUCAGACCUCAUUCUGAUUGAAUCUCAGAUUAGCUACCGGACACGUCAACAAACAUGGUUAAUCUCAGGUGAAGGGAAGCAAAGCCGGUAUGCAGAGGAAGGGCUCAUUGGUAGCUGUUUGACAUUUGUGGGAAAUGCACUUAUUUGCUUUUCAAGUGCUGGUAGGCGGAUUUUGUUACUUUUGAACCAAACCAGGCUAGGUGUUUCCAGUCUUUGUGCUAAGAUAGGCUAACUGUUCCCUGGCUGAUGCUUCAUAUUUAGGGAAGGGCAUACGAGAUGUAUCAGUCGUCUUAUCUAAAGUGCAAAUUACUUUCCUUUGAAUAUUUUAGACAUCAGUAGGACGUAGCUUUAGGUCUUGCUUGGGAUGCCAGUACCAUAUCCGAAGAGGCAGAGGAUCAACUAUUGGGAUCCUUUGACCCAGAGCAGCCUUUGCUAGUCUAUGUGAUUUUGAUGCCAUUAACUUGAAGUGCAAAGGCUCAGAAAAAUCAAUCUCGUUCUGAAAAAAAUGUGUGAAGACCUUGACUCUCAGCAAGAAUGUCAGACUACUCCUUUAAGAAUGUCAGACAGAUGUCAUUCACACCUGAUUUGAAAUCUGAUUAUAUUCUUGACUGUUAUUUGUUCUGCAGCAUUAGUGUGAAUUUAUAAGACGUCCAGAUACAGAUCGCAUUAAUAUCGGGUGAAAAAUGAGGAAUCAAACCCGCAGCAUUCCCCUCCAUGUCGAAGAACGUGCUGCCGUUUACUCAUGCUGAUCAACCUUGCUGCUGCUGCUUCUCAUUCGAAGUGCCAACACAAAACCCCGCACGACCCCACAAUCGUGACAAAAACCUUGUGUAGCUGAAACAACUCAAAUGUCAAGGUAUCACUUUACUCACAGCCUUUUCCUUUGACCUGUCUCUGUUUGUUUCUCUGCCACAGACGAUGGUUCAGAUUUGCACACCUACUGUACCCAUUUGCUUCAUUUGGAUUUUUUUGCAUAUUUAUAUCUGCCAUGGGUUUUUUGGUUUCUUUUUUUCCUUCUUGCCAAUGUUUUAUUUUACAAGAGUAGUGGAAUCAACUACGACACCGAAAUUAACUGGUGCUGUUUAUUCCUAGUUAUGUAGCUGUUGCCAUAUUGUUGACAUUUUUUGUUGUUGUUGUUGAUAAAGCUGCAAACUCUUUUCAUCUCAGCAAGUCAUCAAAUCUCGUCGUCUCACUUUGAAAAACAAGUGGAAAAUUUUCUCACAGCAGAUUUAUUAUUUGUCCAGAGAGUUUUUAAAGAAAUUAUUUUAAAAAAAGAAUUUAAUUAAAAAGAUAUCAUGACUUGUUAUGAAAAUAUUUGCAGUUUUUUUCCAGAUGUAUUUGACUGUUUGGCUUCAAUGUGAGGCAGAUAUGAACUGUUUGUGAAUGAAUGCAUGAGUAGAGAUACAUGUAUACUCAGUAGAUUUAUAGCUGGGCAGAUGCACCAAAGCACAUGUAAACCACCAGAAACCACCAGACUCAAACCUCCUACUUAACCUUUCCUAUAACAUAUACCGUUACAUUGAAGAAGUCAGAGUAAUUUUUAGUGUUUCAGGUUACUGAAAUAACUAUUUUACUGCACAGGCAGAUGAUCCUGUCAAAGAAACGUCACCGUAACAUAAGUUUUUUCCAUCACUUUAGGGAUAAAAUAAGCAGUUAUACGGAGAGGACGGUAACAUACUUUUUACUUUUAGUGAUUAUUUCUUGAGAACAUAUUGAAAAUCAAUGCAGUAAGAUUUAAUGUAUCUCAUAACGAGUCUGAUAAUCUUACAACAGGAUAAAUAUAUAUAUUUAAUGUCUGUCUGCUUCAUCCAGUCAGUAAACCUUAAUUUAUCAAAGGUGAGGUGUUUCUGAAUGUGCUCAGUCUGUAGUGCAGCGCUGCAAAGGCCUCAGUAUGCUUCAAAGGAAUUCAUUUCGUACAAGCAUGGGGAAAGCAAAAGUGUUUCAAGCUAUUCUGAAGUUUCUGCGUGGGGCGAAAGCUGGAUGUCCUAAAACCUGGGAGGUGUUUUCUAGGUGGAGCUAACACACUUUGUCAGAAAAUUUGAAGAGCAAAGCAGUGUUGCAUUAUGGGUUGUUUGUAGCUUUAAUGUUGGCAGGUUAGAAACUACGUCCUGAAAGAGUUUCGUUGGCCUUUCACACAGCAGUAGCUAGGUAGCCAGAUAUGCAUGUUUAUAGUUUUUUUACACAUUCUUUACAUUUUAAUUUUUCUUUUUAGAAUGGCUUAAAAGAAGACAACACUAUCUAAAGUAUUGAAAAGUGUCGCUCUUACUAUAGCCCAUUGCACACCACUUCAACAUGGGGAGUUGAUGUCACGCAACAGCUACCUUCAGCUAGCUCAUGAUAUCAGCAAAAGAGAAAAAUCACCCAUAAUUCCAGCUUGGGGGUGUUUACACCUUACUCAAGAUGGUUUGUCUAAAUGCUAAACCUUGUUGUCAAACCAGAUAAAAACAGCCUAAAGUAGCUACCUGUGUUUAAAUUUUACAAAUUUGUAGGAGUCUGCUAGCACAAGAAACCAGACCCAAACAGUGUGUAGUUCCUUUAAAAACAAACUUUAACGACUGUAUUAGUGCUAAUGUUGGAUUUUAUUUCGACUGACCUGCCCGAGGUGGUGCAUUUGCAGUCUGUAGUUUUUCCGAAAUUUGUCUGAACGGCAAAAUGUACGUCACAUGGACCCUUGUGUCCUCGCUAAUGCAGAAAGAGUAACACUUGCUCCAGGGUAAAUGGUGUUUGUUAAAAGCUGCUAAAACACAAAAAUAUUGAAUUAACAGUGAUAUUAGAUUGUCCAACAAUUGUUUAACUCCACCUUUUGUUGCGUCUUCUGCCUCUCGCUGGUUUUUCUCCCUGCCUUUGAACAGCUCAAACACUUUUGCCUUCACUCUUCGUACAGCGUAGUUCAUUUCAAGCAUACCCCUAUAUACUAUAUACUAUACGCUCACACUGGGAGCCUCCCAGUUAAACCACACCUCCACUGGACCAGUUUUAUCUCAGAGAGUCUCAGUCUGAAUCUCCUGAACAUUUGCCUUAGUUAGGUUUUUUUUCUGUUUCUGCAUGUAUUUUAUGUUAAUGACUACAUGCCACUGUGGGCUGGUGUGUCAUUUAAAGGGUGAGGGGAGAUCUUCUAGUUUAGAGAUGAGCAGCAUGUUAAACCAGUAUGAGAGUUGAAUAGUUUUUUUUUUUCUUUCUGUUUUUUGGUUAUUUAAGCUUUAGUUUGUAAAGGUUUCUUUAGGUUUAAUUUUGUUUUUUCCCCCCUUUGAUAAAGUUAAAGAUUUAAAUGUUUACAUUUUGUUAUGCAUGUUCAAACAGACUUGUUAUAUCCAGUGUUUUGCACACUACUUCAGCAUCAGUCUUGAACGGCACUGCUCAUUUAUGUAAAGGACUUAAAAAUUAAGUGCCUGAUACUUAAAAGUGAAAUUUGGAGUAAGCAAAUGAAAGUUAGAUUUGCUUGUUAGCCUUCAUGCCAUUGACUUGAACAACAGCUCCUGUUGUGAUGUUUUUGUUGCAGCUGUGUUUUAAAGCCUCUGCAGGAUGUUUUAAUCGCGGCAGGAUGCUCGCUCAGCUCCGCGGUGUCCGUCGGAGCUAACUGGACCUAAAAAGGACUCAAAAAACAGGGACACCUAGUGGCCGUCUAGGCCAGCGCUCAGUGAUGUGAGCGACAUUCAUGAAGAUAAAUGAUCAAAUUAAAAAAAGGUGCUACAGGUGACUUUUUAACAGAUGUGAAUUGUUUUCGCAUUUAACUGUAAAAACAAGAUCUACAAAAAGACUGUCCUUGCAGCUUCUUCGCUGGAUUUUACUUUUUCAGUCGUUUCGGUUUAGAGGGAAUCGUGGAUCUGUUUUAUUACAGGAACCAGACAGGGGGUACUGUUCUUACUCAGAAAACAGUAGAAAUAAAGAAACACAGCUUCAGUUUGUCUGAAAACUCCUCCUUGAAACCAAUUAAUGUAACAAAAAUAAUGAAAAAAUCAGUAAUGAUCAAUAAUCCAAAGAUGUUCAGUUUAAUGUUGUAAAGACAGAAUUUCAGUACGUUUUUAUUUGAGACCAGCAACUUUAACUUUCUGUUAAAAACCAGUAUGAAUUUGGAACACCAUCCCAAAACAGUGCUGUGAGAGUCCAGGAACCAAACGUUUCCAUCACGGAAACAAUGAUUUACUGAUGUUAAAAAUGCUGCAUGUGGCACCUUUACAAACCGUUGGAUGUUACGCACCGAUGAAUGUCUCAGUCACAUCUUCCUGUGAUCUCAUUCUUAUUACUUGGCACCAUUUGGUCUCAUGUCUUUGUCAUUAUUUGCUCCAUGAGACAAACCCCAGAUCAGUUUCAUGUCCUUUUUUUUGUCUUUUGCAAACUGUGCUGAACUUUUGGACACAGAGUCGAGACAGAAGAGAACGGACUCUUCCUGGUUUUGAUCUCAGUCGGACCGCCACCGCCGAGGCGUCCAACUCGGAGGGGAAUGUUUUUAUUUCCCUGUUGAUUGAUGCUCUGUGUUGUUGCAUAUGUGUGAUUUGAUGAUUGCAGAUCUGCAGCACAAACUCAUGUUCCAUUUUUUUGUUUGUUUCUAUAAGCGGUAAACGGCUGGCAGUGUCAGGUACCAUUCCAUUUUAACACUGUAUAUUUAUAAUAAAAGUAAUCUGUUAAUAA